AGCCCUCCGUAUUCAUGUGUUCUUGCUGAUGCAACUUUCCUCUUUGGAGAGCCCUUUCCUAUGUGGCCACGAUUCACCAUGGGUCUCUAAUGGGAUCCCCAUAUCUCCUCUCCGAGGUGGAACUCAAACCCGGUGACCUGAUUGAGAUCUUCCGCUCAUGCUACCAGCACUGGGCAAUCUACGUCGGUGAUGGCAAAGUCGUUCACCUGGCUCCUCCUUGUGAGCACCCCACGGACGGCGUUGCCAGCGUCCUGGCUGCCCUGUCCGACAGAGCCUAUGUGAAGAAGGACUGGCUGGAGGACGUGGUGCGCAAGGACCGCUACCGGGUGAACAACAAGCACGACGAGACUCACCACCCGCUGCCAAUCUCCAAGAUCGUCCGGCGGGCCCAGGAGCUGGUGGGGCGCGAGAUGCCCUACAACCUGACCAGCCACAACUGUGAGCACUUCGUCAUGGAGCUGCGCUAUGGCGUGGCCAUGAGCGACCAGGUCACAGAAGCAAUAGCCAUGGGCACUGUGGGGGUGAUGGGAGUGGCGGCGGCUGUGAUCAGAUCCAUGGCUCAGAGACGCAAGCAUCGGAAGGAGUAGCAGCAGAUGGAGGGAGCGGGGUUCGUACCUGCACUGGCUUGGGGCGAUUAACCCAGCUCUCAUCCUUUAUCAUCAGAUUGUUUUCAGUGCAAGAUGAAAGGUAAAUGAGAUUUCGUGAACAAAGCUGCCCCAUAGCUGACACCCAAUUGUAUCCCAAUAAACUCAUCUUGAGACCCCUGCAUCUUGCUGUCUGGGCUGAAAACAUACAGUAAUGUGGCUCAUAGCUUGGUCACCUUGUGCUGUGGUUUCCCAUCUUCUCUCCCAUGCUAAGCCGGGUUGGGCUGGCUCAGUGUAUUCAUGAAUGAUCUCCUGGGAAAUUGCACUGAUUCAACAGGGGACGCUCUGAGUGAGGUGCUCCCUUUCUGAUGUAACCCAAGAUCAUAAUCAUGAAAGAUCCCAAGGCACUUUUGUGAAAGAACCUCUAGGGUUUUAACCCUCGGGUCCUGGUCAAAUACCCAGGGGGGUCAUUUCAUUCUGUCUUCUUAAAUUCCUCCCUGUAGUUUCAAAUGGAUACAGAACUCACCUGGCUUCCUUAGCGGGUGGGUAGUAUUGCUAUUAAACAUUUGUAGUGUUCCACUCCAGAAGCAGCUGCAUGUUAUUGCUGGAUGAGGGAUCCCUGUACAAAUAACCCCCAUGCCUCACCCCAGAGAUGGCUUCAUCUCAGCUCUGUGUGGUGUAGAGAGGUUUGGCUAGAGCUCAUCUCUCUCCCAGAGCGGAGGGGGACCACACCGCCUUGCUACUUCCUUCCAGUCAUUGACGGGGAAUUAGCUUGGCCGCGGGAGUCUAUUGCCGCGGCUGCAGUAGAGGCAAACACAGCCAGUUA